AUGCAAAAUAAAACACGAUCAUGUAUUCAACCAUUAAUGAAUACCUUGCAAAAUAUGCGACAACAACGACCAAUAUUAAAAAAUAUAUCAUUUCCAAUGUAUAAGUAUACUCGACAAGAAUUAUUAGGGCUUUGUGAUGGUUAUGCAAAUUUAUUUCUAUGCGCUGGUAUUGAAUCGAUCAUAAUAUGCCUUAAUGAUGAAAUGGUUCGAUUUGCUCGAGAUCAUUUCGGAUACAUUUGUACUCCGCAAAAUAUUAAACAUUUUAUGGAAUACUAUAAUUGUAUCAUGAAUAUAGCAAAUAAUGAAAAAUGUCAAAUAUUUAUUAAUGGUGUAGCAGAACCGGGAAAAGAUCUGAAGAAAUGUCGUGGUAUUCGACAAUACUAUGAUUGUAUGAAACCGGAAAUUAUUGAUAAAUGUGGAAAUGAAGCAUUAAAGGAAUUUGAAAUAUCAGUAAUUGAAUAUGGUUGUGAUUUGGGUGGCCUUAAUGAUUUCCUGCGUUAUUAA